CGGAUAAUCCAGCGAUUUGAACUGGGUGCUGAAGUCCAUUCCCAGGAACACCAGACUUUACCGCUGACAACGCCGCUAAAGCCAUGGCGGACGACAUGAACCAACGCAUGGAGCAAGUGAAGCAGCGGCUGAACAGGCUCACGACUGGAAAUGAAUACCAGAACAUGAACAGUGUCCACAGGUCACAGGUUAUCACGACCCACGCAGCUCCAUCGCGACAGGGUUUUCAAAACACAUCCCCAUUGCCACACAGCCGACAGCCGCCGCAGUACAUACAGCCUUCAUAUCCACAGCAGCAACAAACAUCCGUGGUAAAGUCCCGCUCAUCCAGGUUGCCGCCGUCUCCUCAGCAUCCAUCAUUGCAAGAUCAGAGCCGAAUGCACAUGCCAUCCCAGCAACAGGCUUCCUCCUUGCGACAACAAGCUCCAGUACCGGGACCAUACGGACAACAACCCACGCAGCGUCAGCACAUUUCCCAGCAACCUCCGAUUCCCCGACAGCAUCAGCCGAGUCCACACGACGUGCCAUCCACGCACGAACUACAUAUGCGCUUGCAACAGCAACGUGCUCAAUACGAGUCUGCCGGAGCCUCUCGUCGGGAGACCCCGCCUCCUCCUUCACCAGCGGUCAAUCCACCUCGGUACCAAGAACGGCCACGCGAUCCUCGACAAGACUUGGCUUCACCCCCGGCACCACAGCAACGUCGGGAAGUUCCCCACCUCCGCGGAGGCAGCAGCAUUCCACAGUCUCAUGCGUCCACGUCGACAUCAUCUGCAUUUAGCGAAUACAGCGACCAGUACUCCAUGCGAAGUUCGUUUCAACAGGCACCAAUUGACGAAGACAGACACAGCGCGCCGUCCGUGAUGUCGGACUUCUCUGAAGAAAUUGACGACGCAUUCAACCACAAAAUGAUGCCGCCAAUUCGAAAGAACGAGUACGACUUCAUGUGGGAAGGCGGCGCGCUGGGCCUCGUGCUAGUAGAAGACCCUACGCACCGCAUGCCCAUUGUCAAGCGCGUGUCGUCGCACGUGUCAACUGCGUCCAAGUUUGUCUCGGAAGGUGACAUCCUGGUCUACAUCAACGCCAACCAAACACGAGAGUACAAGAUGCCGGCACUCAUGGGGAUGCUCAAGGACCUGAAGAAACCCAUUUGCAUGCGGUUUCGACGGGCACACGACCUCCCCGAAGACAACUCGCCCAUGCUCCCUCCACUUGAGCCAUCCGAAUACGAAUUUUUGUGGGAGGAGGGCAAUCUGGGCAUGACUCUCGGCAUCACAACGCAGACUGCGAUUCCUUACGUGAAGCGAUUGACGGGCAAAGGCACAUCCCCGCACUUGGCGCUCGUCGCGCCAGGAGACGAGCUCGUCAUGAUCAACGAAAAAGCAUGCGGGGACUUGGGGUUUGACGCCGCAAUGAGCUUCAUAAAAUCAGUGCCGAAGCCAGCUGUGCUCCGGUUCCGUCAAGUGGCGGGUCCUGCAGAUGCCGUCGCUGCCGCACAAGGCGCCGCCGACUCGACCUCCCAUCAAGCCGCAUUGAUGAAAUUGGAUGAGGCCAGUAUGUACUGCGUCCAGUGGAGUGACGGGCCGUUUGGACUGACGGUCAAGGAACUCCUGACUGAGUCCGGGCCGGUGCCGGUGGUGACUCGCAAGACUGGCCGCAACACUUGCGCUGGGCUGCGCCGAGUCGCUGUCGGUGAUGUCCUCGUCGAAAUCGGCACAAUGAAAGUGACAGACCUCGGGUUUGAAAACGCGACCAAGGUCUUGCGAAACAUUGCCAAACCAGUCGCGCUGAAGUUCCAAGCCGUUGGGGACUAGCCGAUUUUGGGACGGGCUCACUCCACCACCGCAGCAGAUUACAGGCUCAGCUAUUGUCGCAAACCACUCGUAUCAUAUCGUAUCAUAUAAAUCACGUCGCAUCCUUCCA